CAGCAGGAUGGAAGAGAGGAGAGGAAAUCGGCAGACGCAGGAGCCGGAGUGAGACGGCCGAGCCCACCAUGAGCCCGGGCCUCCCUUCUGCGCUUUAAGAGCCAGCGGCAGGUGAAGUCGCCAGAGAGCAAUGGCUCUCUUCACUCCAUGGAAGUUGUCCUCGCAGAAGCUGGGCUUUUUCCUCGUGACUUUUGGUUUUAUUUGGGGCAUGAUGCUCCUGCAUUUUACCAUCCAGCAGCGGACUCAGCCCGAGAGCAGCUCCAUGCUGCGUGAGCAGAUCCUGGACCUCAGCAAGAGGUACAUCAAAGCGCUGGCGGAGGAAAACAAGAAUGUGGUGGACGGGCCGUAUGCUGGGGUCAUGACCGCUUACGAUCUGAAGAAAACUCUCGCCGUGUUGUUGGAUAAUAUUUUGCAGCGCAUUGGCAAGUUAGAGUCGAAGGUGGACACCCUUGUCAUCAAUGGCACAGGCACAAAUUCAACCAACUCCACCACAGCUGUUCCCAGCUUGGUAGCACUUGAGAAAAUUAAUGUGGCAGAUAUCAUUAAUGGAGCUCAAGAAAAAUGUGUAUUGCCUCCUAUGGAUGGCUACCCCCACUGUGAGGGGAAAAUCAAGUGGAUGAAAGAUAUGUGGCGCUCGGAUCCCUGCUACGCAGACUACGGAGUGGAUGGGUCCACCUGCUCCUUUUUUAUUUACCUCAGUGAGGUUGAAAAUUGGUGUCCUCAUUUACCUUGGAGAGCGAAAAAUCCCUACGAGGAAGCUGAUCAUAAUUCAUUAGCGGAAAUUCGUACGGAUUUUAAUAUUCUCUACAGCAUGAUGAAGAAGCAUGAAGAGUUCCGGUGGAUGAGGCUGCGCAUCCGGCGCAUGGCUGAUGCGUGGAUCCAAGCGAUCAAGUCCCUAGCAGAAAAGCAGAAUCUUGAAAAGAGAAAGAGGAAGAAAGUCCUGGUCCACCUGGGCCUCCUGACGAAGGAGUCUGGGUUCAAGAUUGCGGAGACAGCAUUCAGCGGCGGCCCUCUUGGUGAAUUAGUGCAGUGGAGUGAUUUAAUUACAUCGCUGUACUUACUGGGCCAUGACAUUAGGAUUUCAGCUUCGCUGGCUGAGCUCAAGGAAAUAAUGAAGAAGGUUGUAGGAAACCGAUCUGGCUGCCCCACCGUAGGAGACAGAAUCGUUGAGCUCAUUUAUAUUGAUAUUGUGGGACUUGCUCAAUUCAAGAAAACUCUCGGACCAUCCUGGGUUCAUUACCAGUGCAUGCUGCGCGUCCUGGACUCUUUCGGCACCGAGCCGGAGUUUAACCAUGCCAGCUAUGCCCAGUCCAAAGGCCACAAGACCCCCUGGGGAAAGUGGAAUCUGAACCCGCAGCAGUUUUACACCAUGUUCCCUCACACCCCAGACAACAGCUUCCUGGGCUUCGUGGUGGAGCAGCACCUGAACUCCAGCGACGUCCACCACAUCAACGAGAUCAAGAGGCAGAACCAGUCCCUCGUGUACGGCAAGGUGGACAACUUCUGGAAGAAUAAGAAGAUCUACCUGGACAUUAUUCACACAUACAUGGAAGUGCAUGCUACCGUUUAUGGCUCCAGCACGAAGAAUAUUCCCAGUUACGUGAAAAACCACGGUAUCCUCAGUGGGCGGGACCUGCAGUUUCUUCUCCGAGAAACCAAGUUGUUUGUGGGCCUCGGGUUCCCCUAUGAGGGCCCAGCUCCCCUGGAGGCCAUCGCAAAUGGAUGUGCUUUUCUGAAUCCCAAGUUCAACCCACCCAAAAGCAGCAAAAACACAGACUUUUUCAUUGGCAAGCCAACUCUGAGAGAGCUGACAUCUCAGCAUCCAUAUGCUGAGGUUUUCAUCGGCCGGCCCCACGUCUGGACUGUUGACCUCGACAAUCAGAAGGAAGUGGAGGAUGCAGUGAAAGCAAUUCUAAGUCAGAAGAUCGAGCCAUACAUGCCGUAUGAGUUCACGUGUGAGGGGGUGCUGCAGAGAAUCAACGCCUUCAUUGAGAAGCAGGACUUCUGCCACGGGCAGGUGAUGUGGCCGCCCCUCAGUGCCCUGCAGGUGAAGCUCGCUGAGCCCGGGCAGUCCUGCAAGCAGGUAUGCCAGGAGAACCAGCUCAUCUGUGAGCCAUCUUUCUUCCAGCACCUGAACAAGGACAAGGACCUGCUGAAGUACGAGGUGAUCUGCCAAAGCUCAGAGCUGGCCAAGGACAUCCUGGUGCCCUCCUUUGACCCCAAGAACAAGCACUGUGUGUUUCAAGGUGACCUCCUGCUGUUCAGCUGUGCAGGCGCCCACCCCAGGCACCGGAGGAUCUGCCCCUGCCGGGACUUCAUCAAGGGCCAGGUGGCUCUCUGCAAAGACUGUCUCUAGCGGCCACCAGCUGGCCCUGCACACACUGUGCUGGGAAGACAGCGGCUCCAGCCCCGUCCUGGCAGAGCCAGGGGGCAGGUGUCAUUCAGGGACUCUCGCCAGAGCCUGAACUUUUUGGUGGAAGGUUUCGAUGUGGUAUCACUCCUGCUGUGGUCAGCGCAUCACAGCGGCAUUUUCACCAAAACCAAAGGCGGGCAGGCGUCAGGCCGGGAGCCUGGCUGCUCUUCCUGGCACAACUUUAUUUUUUGAGGAGCAACUGCAGGGAGAAUCCCUCAAUGCACUUGCUCCAGGGUAGAGCGCGAAUCUCAAGAUUCAUUUAAAACAAAACAAAACCAGAGGGGGAACUGAGCUGGUUGGCAAGAACUUUGUAUGGGAACAUUCCUAAAUCCAUUAACUUAUUUAUUUGGGAGGGGGAGGGUGCCAGGGGAGGGCAAACAGGAACUGAUCACAGGUCUUGUUUCUUUGAUUUCCCACUGUUUACCGUCCACCUUCACUGUAAUAGUUUUCUGUCCCCUUCAGGCGGGUGCAGGAGGGAGAGGCGGGGUGCACUGUGGGGACCUCGCUCCUCAAAGCAGAUGGUGACAGAAGAGAAGAAAAUCUUGUGUGUGUGCUUGGUGGCAGCUACAGAACAGGCACCCCCAGAUGUGGGGGGACAACCCAGCCAGGGAACGAAGUACAUGAUUGGGAAAUUGACAUCUGGGGGUUGGUGGUAAAUCUCGAAAGGCAGGACCAGGACCGAAAGAGCUACUACCCUUGGACUUAGUCAUGAUGUUUACCCCUUACAAGCGUUGUCUUUGAGGUGGGAGUGGAUGAGUGAACUGGCCCCUGUGGCCUGGUGUCACCACUGGAGCUGGGAUCCAAACCUUGGGCUUGCAUUACAUUCCUUUGAAUGCCUGGAACCUCCAUAGCCCAGGGAAUGGGGCUCUGGGCGAACUUGAUGUUUGUUGGCGGGGGGAGCAGGGGCAGGGCAGAGUGAAAAUGAGUUGCUGUACUAGCCGAUCACCUG